AUGGAGACUAACCUUCCGUUUGCUGAAUCUCUUCGCAAGGAUUUGACACAGGGCAUAGACCGACCUUUGUAUCCGUUGUCAUCAUACGGUCCCAGCAAGAGCAUACCGUGUAUUAUCGAUGGGUUGGACCAGAGUCCGGAGGAAUUGCGCGUUGCUGCUUGGACGGCAAAUCGUGACGCGGGCGGAAUUGAAGCCUACAAAGCUCAUGAAAAGCAAUUGAUUGAUGCAGCACAAUUGUUCAUUGGUUCUGCGGCGUCUACUGGCGCCAUAACCCUGGAUGAGGCCAAGCGCAUUUGGAACUUAGUGGAUGAACAUGGCAAUCCACCUGCCAAUGGACAAGCAGAAAUAAAAUCUAAACUUCGUGAAAGGCUACAAUCCUCAACCCAAGUCCUGCCUUCGGUAAAACACUGCACCUACACCUUUGGAUCUUCGGUUCAUCUCAGCCCGCACAAACCUCAGCCUUUGGGAGCUCAGGUUUUGUCAAGCCCGGUACCGGUGCAUUUGGCUCGAGCACGGGCUCAGGCGCCUUUGGAGGCAGUACCACCAAUGCAUUCGGUGGAUCUUCACAAUCCCAGCCUAGCGCUUUCGGGGGAACUGCGUCACAGCCUGCGCAUUUGGAGCGCCUGCUCAAACCACGGGCAGCGCAUUUGGCUCUUCCACAGGUGGGAUUCGGUCAAUCCGGGUUCGGUGCCAAACCUGCAUUCGGCCAAUCGGGCUUUGGCUCGUCCACCACUCCUUCCACUACACCCCGCCUUUGGCAGCUCUGCUCCCACUUCUGCAUUCGGCCAAUCGGGCUUCGGGACUUCUGCUACUGCUGCUACCACUACUACCGCUGCACCUGCUUUCGGCCAAAGUGGGUUCGGGAGCAAGCCAGCUGGCUCUGCGUUGGAUCGAGCACAGGCGGAGGUGGUGCAUUUGGUGCAUUUGCUAACAAAUCAUCAUCGUUUGGGGGCACGAAUACGGGUAACACCACCUCCGCCUUUGGUACCUGCUAGUGGCACGUCUGUAUUUGGGAGCGGGAGUAGCAGUACUACACCUGCGUUCGGAAGCACACCGGGUCGGCGUUCGGGUCGAGCACUACUAGUGCAGGCACAGGUGGUCUCUUUAUUCAACUACCACUUCAAUAAUAACAAUGGGGCGGAAGGAAUGGACUCGGACACCCCCACCACUACACAAGCACCAGCCUCGGCGUUUGGCCAACCAGCAUCCAGCACGGCUUCGGCAUUUGGCCAAACUCAACAACCUUCUACAACCUCUGCUUUCGGGCAAACCCAGCCGACGUCAGCGUUUGGGUCAUCAGCAUUUGGUGCCAAUACAUCUGCGUUUGGAACGACGGGUGCAACCUCUGCUUUUGGUACGACGACCAAACCAUCCGCAUUUGGAGCUACCUCCGCAUUCGGUUCUAGCUCUGGAACUGCAUUCAACACCGCCAAGCCCAAAGAUCGGGACCCGUUUGCGGCAUUGCUACCCGACGACUACAUGAAUACCCUAUCCGAGGGUAUUAUAAAUGCGUUCAAGGCUGAUAAAUUUGAACUGGGGUCUAUUCCCGAGUGUGUUCCGCCCUUGGAGAUGCGGUGA